UCUCUAUAUCACUGGCACGCAGAUGCAAUGCCUUGUGGUAAAUGCAGUAUUUCUUUCCUUCAGGGCUUUCAUAACCAUGCCAGUCACAUCAGAUAACCAAAUAACCUGGACAGCCUUAUGUUUUAUUCUGGUGUGCUAGAUCUGCUAAAAUGCAAAUCAUUGCCUCAACACAGCAGAAAGGCCGAGAGAGAUCAUGUGACUUCAGAUGCGAGGCAGAUAACUUCAGCCCAUCCCUUUCUCUGCCUGAGAUUCAGGAGGCAUGGAGACAAAACAGCUUUUCAACACGGAAACAGCACAGCUGGAGGGCUGCAGCCAUGAGCUUUCACAUCAGGCUGGACGAUGAAAACAACAUUUUCCCCUGACUGUUUCUGAAGAGCAGCAUUCAAGAAAUUUCCUCUCGGGAAGCUGUGUAAAUAGGUGGAGAGCAAGUGCAUUGCAGCUCCUGAGCUCCAGAGUCCCAGAGAGAAUUGGAGCACCUGUUCUGCAGAGCUACACCCCUCAGGGGUUGCUUUCUCUUAAAAAAAAAGAAUCUUCUAAAGGUACUCUAGUACAAAAAUUCUCGGUAUUGCUGAAGCAGAAAGGAAAAAAAGGAGCACUAGGAAGAGCCCAGGAGCCCAAAGGAGUAUAGCCCUCAUCACUGGAGGAGCAACACAGGAAAUGUGUAUAAUGCUAACAGCUGAGAGAAACAUGCUUCGUAUCAGCAGCAGUUAAAACGGAUGGGCAGCAUCGUUGGAACCAUGGGGUGCAGCAGUUCUGUUGCUGACAGAAGGUCAGAGAAUGUCAUUAGAGCUGCAAUCCUCAUCCAGAAGUGGUACCGCUUCACCAUGGCCCGCCUGGAGAUGAGGCGCCGCUACUCUCUCAGCAUCUUUCAGUCAAUCGAAUAUGCUGAUGAGCAGGAUCAGCUGCAGCUAUCCAACUUUUUUACAUUCAUGCUGGAUCAUUGUACUCAUCCUGAUUCAGUUUCUCAAAUUUUCACCAGCCCUAGUGCUCCUCAGGUGGUGGAUGAAGACUUAUGUUUAAAAGAAUUUGAAAAGAAGAUUGAUGUUCCAGACUCCUAUUGUGGACCACGACUCUCAUUCCCCCUUACUGUUGAAGAUGCCAAUGCUCUCCUUCAUGCUUUCAGGAAUGAACAGCUGCUUCAUGCCCGCUAUGUACUGCAGCUGCUAAGUGAAACUAGGAGGGUUCUCAAGGAGAUGCCAAAUAUUACCCAUCUUUCAACUUCCUACUCCAAGGAGAUAACUGUCUGUGGAGAUUUGCAUGGAAACCUGGAUGAUCUUUUGCUGAUAUUCUAUAAGAAUGGUCUGCCUUCAGAACAAAACCGCUAUGUCUUUAAUGGUGAUUUUGUCGACAGAGGGAAAAAUUCUAUGGAAAUACUUAUAAUCCUAUUUGCAUUUCUUCUGAUCUAUCCCAAUGAUUUACACUUGAAUAGAGGAAACCAUGAAGACUACAUCAUGAACCUGAGAUAUGGAUUCACAAAAGAAGUUUCAAAGAAGUACAAGGAACAUUGGAAACAGAUUUUGUGUCUUCUGCGAGAUGUUUUUAGCUGGCUUCCCCUUGCCACUAUAAUUGAUAGCAAAGUUCUUAUACUACAUGGAGGGAUUUCAGACACGACAGAUUUGGAUUUCCUGAAUGCACUUGAGAGAAAUAAGUUGAAAUCUUUGAUGCGACCACCAAAGUCAGUGAGAAACAGACAGGACCAAGUGAAGAAGAGAAUUCCCACGACCAAACCCAGUAAACACAUUGCCAACCAGCAUGUUGCAGGGAAGACACAACACAUCUCCUCAUCGGGCUUCACUGAGCCUUCAGGUUCAAAUUUGCCUCCAGACCCCGCCCUGAAGGAAUGGAAACAAAUCCUUGACAUUCUGUGGAGUGAUCCAAGAAGCCAAAAUGGCUGCACACCAAACAAGUGUCGAGGAGGAGGCUGUUACUUUGGUCCUGAUGUCACUGCCAAGCUGUUUGAGAGAUAUAAUCUGAAGAUGCUCAUCAGGUCUCAUGAAUUUAAGCCAGAAGGUUAUGAGAUCAGUCAUGAUGGGAAGGUUAUCACCAUAUUCUCUGCCUCUAACUAUUACGAGGAGGGCAGCAACCGGGGCGCUUACAUCAAGCUGAAUCCCGAGCUGAGCCCUCGCUUUGUGCAGUACCAGGUCAGCAAGCUCACGCGCAGGCAGAAUCUCCGGGAGAGGGUAGGUACAAUUGAAUCAUCUGCCCUAAAGUCCUUACGAGAGAAGAUUUAUGCACACAGGUCUGAACUCAUCAGUGCUUUUGCACAAUACGACGUCAAUGGCACAGGCAGGAUUUCUGUCAACGACUGGGCUGCAGCGAUGGAGUCUGUCCUACAGCUGGAACUGCCCUGGAGGAUGCUGCGGUCUCAGUUGGCACAGAUGAACCCAGAUGGAGAAGUUGACUUCAUGUCAUGCUUUUAUGAUUUGAAAAUGGGUCAACCUAUAAAAGAGGCUCAGCCAGCUUUGGCAGAAACACUGUGCAGAUACAGAAAAGAUCUGGAGAUCAUCUUUAACAUCAUUGACAAAGAUCACUCAGGUUUGAUUUCUCUUGAGGAAUUCAGCCAGACAUGGAGACUGUUCACUUCUCACCUGGGCAUUGAUAUCCAGGAUGACUCCAUUGACAAGUUAGUCCUCAGCAUAGACUACAACAAAGAUGGCCACAUUGACUUCAAUGAAUUUUUAGAGGCAUUUCACGUUGUUCACAGACUUGAAAAAAAGGCAACCUCAUGAAAAGGCAGAACUUCUUGUGGGUUGUCUUGGAAGCUCAGCUUGCCGUCAUUAAUCAUAAAAGGGUCACAGUGCAAGCCUUUAUUUAGCCCUUCCUGGAUGAUCUGUACCUGCUAAUAAUGGGAUAGAGGAGGUGAAAAACCACACUUACAGUAUUACUGUGUCACUGCUACACACUGCCAGGACCUUACAAUUCCUACCCUCCUCUCCCCCAUCAAUCCAAUCUCUGAACAUUGCCAAGGUCAUGCCUACAGCUGUGUAGGGAGGGAGACUUUGGUAUGUGCCUGCCAGCAAUCCUUAGUGACAGCUGAGAGCAUUGAUAACCACAAGGGACAUAUCAGACCCAGCCUGGUGAUGGAACAGGCACUAGUGAGGCUGCCUGGGGGGUGUCCAUUGCAGGAGAGGAAAACAGCAUAUGGUUAAAAUGGACAGUUCUGCAUUUAAUCUUACUCUUUGCAUGAUGCAGAGGAAUUAAAUUAUUCCAGGUCAGUCUCUUAUCCUUCUAAAUAUUACAUGCACAGCUUAGAGGAUCUUAGUUGAAAGGUGUUUACACUUGCUCUAGAUUUCCUCUUGCCUCUAGUUACUUUUCCCUCCAUUUGUUGGGAUUUGGAGCUAUGAAACAAUCAUAACUGUUUUUGAGAUGGAGCCAGGCUCUUCACAGUGGUGCCAAGCAAUAGGGCAAGAGGCAAGGGGCAGAAACUGAUGCACAGGAAGUUCCACCUGAACAUGAGCAAGAACUUCUUUAUGCAGUGACUGAGCACUGGAACAGACUGCCCAGAGAGGGUGUGGAGUCUCCCUCACUGGAGAUAUUCAAGAACCAUCUGGAUGUAGUCCUGUGCUAUGUGUUAUGGGAUGAUCCUCUCUGAGGGAGGUUGGGCCAGAUGAUUCAUCGUGGUCUCUUCCAACAUGACCCAUUCUGGGAUUUGGUGAUUCCGUGAUAACUCAUGACCUUGAUGAAGGCUAAAUCCACAGCAUGUUAAUGCAACACAUGGUAGAUCACAGAAUAAAGCUUUAGCUUUCUGGGCAAUGCCUAAGGGGGAGUCUCUUUGCCUGUGUUUUGUACCCUGCCCCAUUCAACACAGAAUACUCUUCCUGAAGAUGAACUGGGUUUCUUAAAAAUAGAAAUGAGUAAGAACACAAGAGUACCAAUCUAAAUAUUCUUGCACAUAGUUCAACAUAAAUUCUUUACCAAGCAAAGGAAACUGAGAAAUUCUGAAAUUGAGUUUUUAGAAGGCAGCAAGAUUGAAGACUCUUGCACUCACUUUCCUGUCUCCUUUCCCUGACUGCAAGUCAAUAUUCCCAUUCCUGUCAGUACCACCCUAUCAAUUCCCAAGGGGGAGAAGUCAGGAGAUCUGGACCUAAUUCUCUUCCAUCUUACACUCUGAAAGCAACAUCAGGUCAGGAGCUUUUUGGUAACUGUAUUACCUCAUUCAGCCCAGAAAAUCCAAUGCACAUAAAGUGCUUUUUGGGUAGGAAAAAGUUCCAACCUAGUCCCUCUUUAAAUUUUAAUAUCUAAAGAUGAAAUAAGUAAAGCAGCUCCAUUUCAUUUAAUAGAAGUGUUGAAAGUACAAAAAAAGCAUCCAAGUUUAUCAUCCCAGAAUGUAACAGCAGCCCAAGCUUGAGGGUCUGCUGUCUCUCUUGAAUCUUAUUUUCUACUAUUAAAUACAGAACACUUUUCCAGAAGUAUUUUGUAACUUGACAGAUGAACGAACAUGCACACACUUAUUUCUACUGCCUUGGGGGAGGGGAAAGAAAAAUCUUUAAUAGUACAAACAAAAUUUACAGUGAAACUUUAAUGGCAUUGCUAAUACAUAAUGUAUAUUUUUAGCAUGCAGUUAUUCUGAUCUAUGCACUGUGAUGAUCAGUCCCACCUUAUUCCAGUGGAGUUGCAAAAAGGCUCCACUUAGACUAGGCAAACACCUCUGUCUGUGGUGGGAUCUUGCUUCCCACUGCUGGCUUCCAUGCAGUGGGUGUGAAGUGACAAGGUGGAACUGGACACUGCAGCUCUGGAGUCCCCCUUUGCCACCUGCCCCAGUAAAGAGGACAAAGCCAGGAUGCACAGUGAGACACAGGAGCUCUGAAGGAUGGCUGGCAGCCUCCAGUGUGGAUGUCCCCCACUAAGGACACAUUCCUGAACCUGGCAUGAAGGGGACUGGCCUCGAGGGAUCACUUCCUGAGAGGAGAUGCCAAGGUACAGUCGCAGCACAGCUUCACUCGGCAGGCACUGAGAGCCUUUGGGGAUGCAGGACUGAGGUAUGAGAGGAGCUGAAUCACUGAGCCAAAGCAGAAAGCCUGUCCUGUCAGCUGCUGGUGGCACAAAGGGCCCCCUGCCCCUGGCAGAAGGGAGGUGGCAGGGGGAGUAACAGUGAAACACCUAACCCUGGGAAUAAAUGCCACUUGAGACCGAAACAGGGAGUGGGAAAAAGCCCUGCUGCUUGUACUUAAAUCCAAACUGUUUGAGCAGAAGCUCUUCUAUAACCCACAUGCUCAAUCCCUUCCAUGCAGCAGCUACUUAAUAUUCCAGAUGUGAGUGGUCCUUUAAGCAGCACCUGAAUCAGCCUGCAGACGAGUGCCAAGCUCUCACCCUACAGCUACAGCUGCCACCACGGCAGCAUCUCUCUCCUGCUUUCUGGGCAACUCUGCUCCUACCUGCCAACCACUCCAAAAGUGCCCAAGGUUAGACUUGGACUAACUCAAGCUCCGACUUCACUCAAGGCCCUGGCUGCUGCCAGAGGGGUGACACAUUCCUGCAGUGUCCCAUGCCCACACGGGGCACGCCAGGUGUUUCACUACCCCACAGAAAGUGGGGCAGGGCAGGGCAGCCAAGAACUGUGUGGCUCACCUGCACUUUCCAGGAACAAGCAGGACUCUUUCCCUGAGAAAGGAGACUACAAUUAGCAGAAAGAAGCCAGACAAACUUUGUACUCCACCCAUUCAGUUUUCACAGUUCCCUGUGGGACCAGCAGCUGAGGGAGAUCAACGGUGCUUUUGUUUAGUGUGACAAACCCACGUCCCUGUCAGCA